AAAAAAAAAAAAAAAAGUUACAAAGAGAAAAUCAGGUGGAAGCUUGACUGAGUGCCCUCAUAUUUUAGAUUAGAUCUAAGAGUGGAGAUUAUACGAAGUUCGCGGCUACGUCAAGCCGUCAAUGCUUGUUUUAAUUUUUUAAUUUUCGUUGAGCUUUUUUCUUUUACGCUGCACCCCCUUGCUCUCUAUCCCCCAUUUUAAGCGUACUGUAAAUUCUCCGGCUUCUGAGCUUUCUUUCCUCCAUUGAUACAUUUUCUGAGGUUCAAAGACUAUACUUUGUGUUUGCUGCUAUAUGGUAUAAGAAACUUAUUGCUACUUGUGAUACAUAGGAGAAAAGAGAGUUUACUAUGUCGAGUAAAAAGGAAGAGAAAGCACAAGCUGCAGCUGACAGAAUAAAAGCUGCAGCAUUGUCUGCUGCAAAAGGUCUCAGCCGAGCCCAAGCUGAGAGAGCAGCGACUGCUGCGGCCAGAAAUGUUAAUGCUUAUGGACAGAAGGAAGAGGGGCCUAGCAGAUGGCAAGAGAGGAAGGAAGCUAAAAGACAGAUGUACUUGAUGAGUACUGAGAAGGCAGUGAGGUUGGGUGAGAGAAAGGAUCUGAAGACCAAUGUCUCCGCUGUAGGAGGGGCUGCUUCUCAAUGUCAAAAAUGUUUUCAACCAGGGCAUUGGACUUAUGAAUGCAAAAAUGAGAGGGUGUAUAUCUCACGCCCCUCCAGGAGCCAGAUCCUCAAGAACCCUAAACUAAGGCAGAAGUUGAUGGAAUCUUAUAAUGAGGAUAAUCCUGAUAUUAAACGGGAAGAGAUGGAGGAGGAAGAGAAGAAGGUCGGGAAGGUAGAGAAGAAUGACAAGCGAAAGAAGAAGAGUAAGAGGAAACACAAGUCAGAUACAGAAUCUAGUAGUGAUGCUUCAGAAUCUGAUUCUGAUAGCAGGUCUUCAGCUUCUGGGUCGGAUUACUCAUCAUAUAGUGCUUCGAGCUACAGUUCCUCAUCAGAUUCAGAAGAUGAGAGGAGUAGGAAGAGGAGAAAUAAAAAACAGAAGGGUCGACGCAAGAAGUACAGUUCUUCAUCUGAAUCAUCAGAUCCUGACUCCAGCUCAGAUUCUGAUUCAGGCAAGAAUCGAAAGAGUAAGAAGAAGCACAGCCGCAGGCGCUAGAGAUGAGGUAGCUGUUUGUUGAUAAUGCUGGACUCUUUCCAAUGUUUUCUUCAAGCCCUUCGAGAGUUUUGCUAUCAUGCAUCUACUUCUCCUUUCCAGUAUUUUAGAGAGUGAUUACAAUAUACAUAUACUCCGUGUGUUGGAAUUUGUAUCUUUAAAUUCUUCCUCAUGUUGAAUCUACUUUGGAUUUUGAGCUAUGCUUCGUGCAUUUUACUGAUGAGUUGUAGUAGUAAACUCUCUUUGAUUUAGCGAUACUUGGAUGUGAUGCUUUUGAAUUGUAGCUGUUUGUUUAAGUUUGCA